UGGACUCAGGACAGUCAUCUGUUGUGUAUAUGGUUCAUUGUACAUCUGACUGCAUGCAAAGCUACACUUCUGUGCAUUUUGAAAUUGAAAAGAAAAAAAAAACAAUAAAGGUGCAAAACAGACACACACUGCCUGCAGUUUUGAGGAUCCACAGUCAGCUAGCAAAACUCCUGCAGCUUAUGACAUUUAGAUCUUUCAAGGACAUAGUCAUCUGCAAGACGGAUUGGAAAACACCUGCAGUCAAUGUUUUUCACUGGAUGGUUUUGUGGCAGAAAACGUAGUUGAAGAACUGCAUAUGGAAUAAGAGUGCUGUAACAUGGAGGUGAAGAAAGAAACUAAGGACAAAAGAAGAUGUAGCUCCAUUGUUCACUUUCUAAAACCCUUCCGAAUAAUGAAUAAGCACGCACACCCGAUUGAUAAUGCUGGAUUCUUUUCAUUUACAACAUUAAGCUGGCUUACUCCACUAGCUUGGAAAGCAUUCAAAUACUCUUCCUUAGAAAUGGAAGACUUAUGGAAUAUUUCACCUCAUGAGGCAUCGGACGUGAACUCUCAGAGAUUGUGGAAACUUUGGCAAGAAGAACUCUGUAAAAAAGGACAAAGGAAAGCUUCCUUGCUUAGAGUAGUCUGGCGUUUCUUUCGAACACGAUGUCUGAUAGCUCUGGCAUUCCUUGUCAUUGCAAUGAUUGCAAACUUCUGCAGUCCUGCAUUUCUGAUUAGGAGACUCCUGGAGUAUAGCAAGAAUGCUAACAAUAACCUUUAUGAUGGCCUUUUCUUAGUCCUGGGCAUUUUUCUGCUUGAAGUAUGUCAUUCUUGGACUCUUGUACUGUCCUGGGUUUUAAAUAUUAGGACAGGAACAAGACUUAGAGGAGCCUUGGUGAGUUUGGGUUUCCAGAAAGUUCUCCGGCUGCGGAAUGCAAGAGACAUAGAAGUUGGAAAGCUGGUUAACAUGUGCUCCAGUGAAGGACAGUAUCUCUUUGGUAUAGCUUUAAAUGCAUGUCUGAUGGCUGGAGGACCCUUUGUUAUUCUGCUUGGAACUAUUUAUACAGCCAUGUUUCUAGGGCCCACAGCACUCUUUGGAUCAGCUAUAUUUUUCCUCUACUAUCCAUCAAUGGUGUUCUUCUCAAGGAGAAUAGCACACAUAAGAAAAAAGUGUGUUUCUGUAACAGACAGACGAGUGCAGAAGAUGAGUGAGUUAUUGAACUGCAUCAAGGUUAUCAAGAUGUAUGCAUGGGAGAAGCCAUUUUCUGACAAUAUCAAAGCUAUUCGAAAGGAAGAGCAUAAGCUCCUGGAGACAGCCAGUUAUGUCCAGAGCAUCACAAAUGGAGCUUCAUUUGUAGUGGUAGUGAUCGCAUCUGCCUGUACUUUCAUCCUUCAUAUGGCUAUAGGAUAUGAUUUGGAUGCUGCUCAGGUUUUUACUGUUGUCACUAUGUUUACGUCCAUGAUGCGUUCCAUCAAGAUUGUACCCUCAUCAGUAAAAUCACUUUCAGAAGCUUUAGUGUCUAUCGCCAGAUUUCAGGAUCUGUUUUUGAUGGAAGAGUGGGAAUCAGUAAAGCAGGUGCCACAAGAGCCUGAAAAUGCCAUUGAGUUUAGAGCCGCAACUUUAGCUUGGAUUGAUGACUCCAACACCUCAUUAAAAGUAAAGUCAAGCAGAAAAAAAAGAAAUGACACAAAAAAGAAAAGGCUUGGAAAUGUCAUUCCCAAAGAAACUUUAAGGCUUUUGGAUCAGAAACUCCCAAAUGAAAAGGAAAGUGCGGAAACACAGACUACAGAUAGACCACUGAUCAUAAUGGAUAAUCAGAAACAGAAUUACCAGAGAACACUUUUCAACAUUAACUUAAACAUUCAACAAGGAAAGCUGAUUGGCAUAUGUGGCAGUGUUGGAAGUGGCAAAACCUCGCUGAUUUCGGCAAUCCUGGGGCAGAUGAGUCUUCUGGAAGGAAGUAUAGCAGUAAAUGGAUGUUUUGCCUAUGUUGCACAACAGGCUUGGAUCUUAAAUAUGUCACUGAGGGAAAAUGUCUUAUUUGGCAAGCACUACAAUGAAGUUAAGUUUAAGGAAGUACUUGAAUCCUGCUCUUUAAAUCUGGAUGCUUCUAGUCUUCCUUAUGGUGACAUGACUGAGAUUGGAGAACGAGGUGCUACCCUAAGUGGAGGCCAACGUCAGAGGGUCAGUUUAGCACGUGCGCUGUACAGUGACCAAGAUAUCAUUCUGCUUGAUGACCCUCUCAGUGCUGUAGAUGCACACGUAGGGGCACAUCUGUUCCACAAUGCCAUUAAAAAAUGCCUGAAAGGAAAGACUGUCCUGUUUGUAACACAUCAGCUACAGUAUCUUGUAGAAUGUGAUGAGGUAAUAUUUAUGAAAAAUGGCUACAUCACUGAGCAUGGGACACAUGAAAACCUCAUGAAUCAGAAUGGAGAGUAUGCUGUCCUAUUUAGAAGUAUGCAUAAAGCAAAUCUGGUUCGGAAACAAAGAAGAAUACCAUUAAGGGGAGCCCCUGAAAACCUGAGAUCGUUAUCCCUAAUGAAAUCUCUCGGCAUAAUGCAGGGAGGAAAAGAAAAAGAGAAAGCCACAACCAACAAAGGUGAUUUAAUUAAUGAAAUGGUGAGAGAUGGACUGGACACAGUGGAAGCAAUUCAUGCCAAAGAUGAAAAUGAAAUGAGUCAGAGAGGUGAGGCUAACAUGCUGCCAGCAGAUGUAGCCAUUUCCAUGACAACUGAAGACCAAGUGACCGCAGACAAAAGUGAGAAGAGCAAAACUAUAGAAGGACUUGGCCUUUUGGAUGUGAUAUGUGAUGCUGUGCAAGAAAAGGAACUAAUUGAAGAAGAUAUUGAAGAUAGAGCCAGUUCAAACAUUUCCUCUAAUGAAGCUAUGGAAAAAGGUCAGCUGAUACAGCCAGAAGAAAAAGCUACAGGUUCAUUGCCCUGGUCAGUAUAUGAUGCCUAUAUUAAGGCUGCAGGAGGGUACCUGGUCUCAGUCCUCAAUGUCCUCUUAUUUGUUCUGACCACUGGGAGCAUCGUCUCAUGCAACGUCUGGCUUAGCUACUGGAUUAAACAAGGAAUUGGGAAUACAACCAUAUGUGUGGAGAAUUCCACUGUGAUUAGUGGAAGCAUGACGCGCAAUCCACAUACACAUUUUUACAUAGGCAUCUAUGGUUUGCUGAUUACACUGAUGUUACUCCUGAAAGCAGGCAGAGGAUACGUGUUUGUAAAGAGUAUUAUCAAGGCUGGUUCCAGACUCCAUAACCAGCUAUUUGAAAAAGUAAUCAGAUGUCCUAUGAGUUUCUUUGAAACUACACCUCUAGGCAGAAUUCUGAAGAGGUUCUCCGGUGAUAUGGAUGAAGUGGAUGUGCAUCUGGCUCACCAACUCGAAUUGCUUAUACAAAACAUCACCAUGAUCAUAUUCUGCCUGGUUGUUAUUAGUGCAGUGUUCCCAUGGUUCCUUUUAUCUGUUUUGCCACUGUCUCUUCUAUUCUGUGCUGUGAACAGGACUACCAGGGUGCUAAUAAGGGAACUGAAGAGACUGGAUAAUGUCACACAAUCCCCCAUUAUAUCUUUGAUUACCAGUGCACUUAAUGGAGAAGGAAUACCAACCAUCCAUGCCUAUGGUCAAAGUAAUAAUUUCCUGAAGAGAUUCCAGGAACUCUUGGAUGUAAAUCAGUCACCAAACUUUUUGUUCAACUGUGGACUCCGCUGGCUAGUUGUUCGACUUGACAUCAUGAGCAUCACCAUAAUCACUACUACUUCUAUGUUUAUAGUGCUCAUGAGUGGACAGAUAUCACCAGCAUUUGCUGGGCUAGCCAUCUCAUAUGCAAUACAGCUGACUGGACUGUUUCAGUUUACUACACGAUUAGCAUCCGAUUCAGAAGCCAGAUUUGUUUCUGUAGAGAAAAUCAAUCAUUAUAUACAGACACUGGAAUCUGAAAGUUCACCUAAUGUGGAAGAGGUAUCACCUUCUCCAGAGUGGCCUCAGGAAGGACACAUCACAUUUAAAGAAGUGGAAAUGCGCUACCGGGAAAACCUACCUCUGGCACUAAAAACAGUUUCUUUUGAAAUCAAACCACAAGAGAAAAUUGGAAUUGUGGGAAGGACAGGAGCAGGUAAGUCUUCACUUGGCAUUACUCUCUUCAGACUGGUGAAGCUUGAUGGUGGCUGUGUGUCUAUUGAUAAUGUGAGUAUCGCUAACAUCAGAAUUGAGGACCUAAGAACAAGGCUUGCUGUUAUUCCUCAAGACCCAACGUUAUUUACAGGGACAAUCAGGUUUAACUUGGACCCUUUACAGCAAUAUGCAGAUUGUCAGAUUUGGGAGGCACUGGAAAGAACUCAUAUGAAAGAGAAUAUUGCCCAACUUCCCCUGAAACUGAACUCCCUAGUAACAGAAAAUGGUGAAAACUUCUCUGUGGGAGAACGCCAACUCGUGUGUGUAGCACGGGCUUUGCUUCGACAUAGCAAAAUUUUGCUUUUGGAUGAAGCUACUGCUGCAGUUGAUAAUGAAACUGAUCAGCUUAUCCAGAAAACCAUCAUGGAAGCCUUUUCUGACUGCACAACUUUGAUCAUUGCCCAUCGACUCAACACUGUGCUCAACUGUAACAGAGUAAUGGUGCUUGACCAAGGACAGAUUGUGGAGUUUGACACUCCAGCUGUGUUGCUGUCACGUGAGAACUCACCAUUCAGAGCAAUGUUGGCUGCAACAGAGAAUAGCAUACAGUCCUAUGAUUAAAUGGAAGGCACUCUUGAGUAUUAAGAACAGUUCUUCAAGCCUUUUUCUUUUACCAGAUGAGAUUACUUCCACUGUUACUGAAUGAGAAGGAACAUUUUGUGGCGUUUUCUUGAAGACAUGCAGUAUGAUGUAAAAGUCAGGAGAAAAGCACUGCAAAUUUACUGUCAUGUCACAUUUUAAUGCAGCCACGUGUGGACAUCUGUUACACAUGAAUUCAAAGAAUACUUGUGAAGCUAGCUAUCCUUAAAGUUUGUACUACUGUUCAUCACUUUUUAAGUACUCAUUUUUUCUGAAUGCUUGAACAUCUGCUACAAUUUGUUUACAGUAAAAACAGAAAUUUCUUUCUUCAUGUAGGUGGACUGCAAUUUUCCACACCAAUUCCAUUUCACAGAGUGGAUCACUUUCUCAGAUACAGGUUUCAAUAGGAUCACUAUAGCAAAAUCUCCUACCAUUAUUUCUUUUCUGCUACAUAAAUAAACAAUUAAGUAAAGACUCAGUGCUUUACAGUCCACUCAGGUUGCAAGAAGCUCCAUUAUUUCUUUAAGUGCAAUGUAUUUCAUCCUAGCUUUAUGUUGGAUGGAUUGCACUCAUUGCUCAGAAUGGGAUGCAGUCAUUUUCUUGAAAACAUUGUCACAUGAAAGAAGCCAUACAAUUACACACACAUGUGUAAAACCUUCAAGAUGAUAUUUAUUUACCACAGACAUUCAUAUCAUUAUUUCACAAAUAAUGCUGUUUUGCAGACGGUAUUGCUUACAUAGCAGUAAACCUUCUGCUGUCAUAGUAUUACCUCAAGGAAUUGUGGUGCUAUUUGUUCAAUCAUGUCAGUAAUUGUCAGUCUGAAUUACAAAUGACUUGAUGUUCAUGGAUUUUUUUUACACUUAGCAAGUUCCAGAAACUUCAAAUUCUUGAAGAGGUGUUCAAUUUCUGCAUAUCAGCUGUACACUGUGUGUAUGAAGGCUUGUUUUUUGUGCACAUUUUCUGUAACAGAAAUGGUGUUUAAUAGUUUUGAUAAAUAUGCUUAUAAUGUUUGUGUAAAUGAUCCUUAUAUGUUUAUACAGACGUUAUCUGAUGUUGCUAUGUGGAUUGAAAGUAAUAUACUAGACAAACUGUCACACAGUAGAUUGUGUUAUGAAUACCAAAACAGGAGGUAUUAUUGGUAUCUCUACAAUUAUUUCCUUGGAUCAGUAUGGUUGACUUUAAAACCCUGACCUUUUCAAACAGUGUAUGCAUUACUUCCCUUAUGUUCCACUGUGUCUUACGAAACUAAUGGUUCCUACAAGCUGUUCAAUAUUAUACAAUCAUUUUCCAGUACAGUGUUUUAAGCUAAUGUGGAUGUGGGGUGUAACUUUCAGGAAAGUGGGUAUUUGUAGGUAUGGUCAUUAUACCUGAUAAGUUGAACAGAAAUUAAUAAACUAUCCUGUUUUGAGUGAAUAUGGAAGAACAGAUACAUGGCUACCUUCUUUAUUCCAUAUUACAGAAAGUAUUGAAUUAUCUGUUGAUUUUUGAGUUAUUCAUACAAAUUCCACUGCAGCCAUCAUCCCUGAACAUUCUUCAUUUUAUGUGUACACCAAAGAAGCCUUUUGCAUUUGAGACCCACCUGCUGGUCCUUGAAUAUUUCAAAGUACCUGCACCAGGAACAUGCUCGCCUGCACUCUAGUCCGUGCAUGUAAGGUAUUUAUGUGUAUGACAGAAGUAGAAGGUCCAGCAAUUUUACCCACUCUUAUGGAUGCAGCAAAUAUUAGACUGAAUUUGUGAUGCAUUAUAUGAACAUUUCUGAAACAGAGGCAGAGGCAGAGCCGGAAGAUAUUGCACAAGACAGAAUUAGUGCUUUCUGUAAUAUGGAAGGAGGGAGACAGCUGUAGACUUUUUCCAAAUUUGCUCAAAAGAUGAUAUUUUAAUGUCUAUUAAGUUUAGCAUGUAUAAUGAUGCUAACUACAAAUGCCCAGUAUCAUGAAAAUCAUUGCCUCCUUCUACACUAACUAAGAUUAGAAGACUACAAAAUAAUGUUGUGCUACUGAAUAGCUUGCAACAACCACUUGCUUUAUAAAAUAUCAAACACACAAUAACCCCCUGGAAAGUUGGCAACUUUUAUAAAAUAAGCACUUUUGUUCCAGAGUUCUCUGAAGAAGUCCCUAGAUGCAGUAGGAUGAAAGCACUUAGUUUAUUAAAAUUGCUAACUUUCCAUGUGAUUUUGUUAUGUGUGUGUGUGUGUGUGUGUUUUCAGUUGUGGUUGUCCAUGUUUUGCUUACUGCUUCAUAAAACAUAAUGAAGCAUAGUGGAAUCCCCAUAUAUGUUAUGAGGAAAGAUGAAUAUUUUAAAAACCAACCAGUCAUCCUAUGAAGUAACUAUCCCGACACUAAUAACACCUGCUGUUCUGGUUUUCUCAGCACAAUCCACUUUGUGGCAUUUUAUUUUAUGCAUUAGUUCCCAUCUAUAUAACUAUGUUAACUACAAAUAAAAAAAUAAUUUGAAGGUGCAUUUUAGCCAAUCAUUUAAGUAUGGAAUUAAACUCAGGUGAGUGUUGUAAUUAUAUCUUAGUUAUCAGACAACUGAAAUGUGUGCAUGAGGUUUAUAUGCCAAGCAGGAGUGCUUUAGAAAUGAAUUAGCCAUAAUAAUACAACCUUGAAGUGCCAUAUUACAGUAUGAAAAUAGGUGAAGUAUAAUAAUAAUAAUGACAAAUGUAAUAUACUUGUUAAAUGAAAUGAAUUUGUUGAUGGAAAAUGGAAAUCAAGUGUCAUUUUGUUACUCAGUCACUUUUUAAUCUAUGUUUAUAUACCUGAAAAUACUUUACAAUUCAAAAAUGUGGAAGGACAUUCAGCAAAUAGGAACAAGUGAAAAUAGUGGACUUAUUUUUGAUUUUCCUUGUAAAAGUCAAUGCAAAAAAAACUUGUUUAAAUGCACUAUCAUACAGAGUAAGUAAAUUAUUUCAGAAGUGCUACUUAGAAACUACAGAACGCUGUCUUGCAAUGCUGCAUUGUUUCACAAUAUGUGAGUUGUAGUGUCUGUAGAUAAUUAAAUCCCUACACUCAAGACUCUGUCUCUCUUAGAAAUUGUGCCAGUGAUGAUUAUAUGUAUUAAAACUGAAGAAAAUUAACAAUGCUCCUUUGAAGACAGAGAAUGAAUUUCAUUACCACAUAGUAGUCUUUAGAGUGUCUCUCUCACUAAUGGUAUUGGAGAGACAACAUUUAAAAAUCUUGUUAUACCACAUGUUUUUUUAAGUGGGUAAGUAAAUUAAAAUAAGUUCUCUAGAACUUUCCCAAGACAAAACAGAGAAUGCUGCUGCUAUUAUACAUCUGGAGGAAAUGUGAAUAUGUUGUACUUGAUAAAAAAUGUGUCUUGGUAAAGUAGUGUAUUAACUCAAAUAAGUAUAUGAUAUGUUUUUUCUAAUCCUACUGAUAUGACACUAGUAUAUGAAACAUUGCUCAGUAAUAUCUCUUUAACAUAUUGUUAUCUUGAUGGAAAGCCUACUCCAUCCAUAAUAAAGCCUUGCAAAAAUGUAGGCCGGUAUUCAUAGUCCAGGGUUUCACAUUUUCAUAGUGGUAAUCGACAAAUUGCAGUGCUACAUGGUUAUGCAAAUAAUGAACUUACAGGAGGACUAUGUAAAUACAGAGGCUUUUUUAUAAACAUGUCUUCCUAUCACCUAAGUAAUGGGGUGUGGCAGCAAAUAAGCAGAUA